AGAGGAGUUUGUGAAUCUUGGUGAAGAGCUCGGAGAAAUUAGUGUUGUUCUCGGAGAGGAAAGGGAGGUGCUGGACGUCAGAGUGGAGGUGGAGAUGGAGACCCCGUUGGGUGCUGCUAUUGUUCACGCGCCGCUGGGGUUGUCUCAUGCAGUUGUUUGCGCGCUGCUGGGUGCGAGGGAGGUGGAUCUAGGUGAGCAGGAGGUAGCGUUCGGGUGA